GCACCUCAGGAUUCUAGGACAGGUCGGACACGCUGUCACCAUGCCUGAAAUCAACACCGACCAUCUCGAUGAGCAGCAGGUUCAGCUCCUGGCAGAGAUGUGCAUUCUUAUUGAUGAGAAUGACAACAAAAUUGGGGCUGAGACCAAAAAGAAUUGUCACCUGAAUGAAAACAUUGAGAAAGGAUUAUUGCAUGGAGCUUUUAGUGUCUUCUUAUUCAACACUGAAAAUAAGCUCCUGCUACAGCAGAGAUCAGAUGCUAAAAUUACCUUUCCAGGUUGUUUUACCAAUACUUGUUGUAGUCAUCCCUUAAGUAACCCAGGAGAGCUUGAAGAGAAUGAUGCAAUUGGAGUUAGGCGAGCAGCACAGAGGCGUUUAAAGGCUGAAUUGGGAAUUCCCAUGGAACAGGUUCCUCCAGAAGAAAUUAAUUAUCUGACUAGAAUUCACUACAAGGCUCAGUCUGAUAGUAUCUGGGGAGAACAUGAAAUUGAUUACAUUUUGUUUGUGAGAAAUAACGUGACUUUGGAUCCAGACCCCAAUGAGAUUAAAAGCUAUUGCUAUGUGUCAAAGGAAGAAGUGGAAGAAAUGCUGAAAAAGGCAGCCAGCGGUGAAAUUAAGAUAACUCCAUGGUUUCAAUGUAUUGCAGAAACUUUUCUCUUUACAUGGUGGGAUAACUUAAAUAAUUUGAAUCAGUUUGCUGACCAUGAGAAAAUACACAGAAUGUGAAUGUGGAGAUGAAUGAUUAGUAAAACACGAAAAAUGUCUCUACUUAGUAAACUUAAAAUGAUUUUUUAAAAAUUGGGAUCCCCAGUAGAAUUCUCAUUGGAUACACUGGUACUUUACAACCCGAAUUUGUGUGGAAAAGAUGCUGACAAUUCUUACUUGUAUCACACACCCCACAUAUAUGCACUCCUAUUUGUAAAGGACAUUUAUGAAAGAUUAUUUUUAAAAAGCAAAUCAACUAAACUGUCUAAACAGUCCUGACAAAUUUGAACGAAUAAGUGAAGCUCUUUAUUUGUGAUGUGUUGAGACAUUUUCAGAACCCGUAGAGCACUUUAUUUGCCAGGUGCUUUACAUAUCAUUAAAGUUUUAUCAUAGUCCAGAAAAAUGUGCAACAGAAACUGUCUGCUUAGCUGCUUCAGAACAGCUCAAAUUAACUUUCCAUAUUAAGAUAUUAAAUUAGGGGAGCAGGUCAAAGGUAACUAAAUGGUGUAUGUCCUGAUUUCUAUCAGUCUGUGUUCUCAGAAUUACAGGGGACAGACUAUUUGUAAAAAGGAAAUUGGGUCAUACUCUACCACAGGGGUUCUUACCACUGGUUCUGUUAACAUUUGGGCUGGGUAAUUCUUGGUUGUGGGGGUUCAUCCUGUGCAUUGAAGGACAUUUAUUUAGCAGCAUCCUUGGGUUCUAUCCACUAUUUGCCAUUGGUACCCACCCCCCCAUCACAGUCACAGUUAUUACUGAUGCCAAAUGUGUGCUGGAUGGCAAAGGUGUUCCUGUUGAGAACCACUGCUCUACAAAGUCAUGCCAUAUUGCGGGGAGCAGAGGGAAUUAAACAGAAAGGUUAAUAUUUGUGUUAAAUGGAAUUGGGGUCUGGAGUAUGUGUAUAUUAAUAUUUAAACUGUACUUUGAUUGAUGCACUUUUUAAAACUCUUGCAUAGAUUUCUCAGUUUGAAAUCUCAAGACAGCUUUAUAAUCUUUGAAUGCUGUGUAAUAAUAAAAAAAUUGUUUCUUACAAGCUAAA